GUCAAUUGAUACAAUAUCCCAAUUCAGAUCCCACCCUCUGCGGUAAAUGAGCACCUAAGGUUUCCGAGUACGGCUGGUGCGAGUCUGGUUCUGGGAAAAUUGCGUCAGCCUUGGAUUUAAACCUCAAGCGGCAGAACCGAGCGGAGGAUCUGAAGUGAACGCACCCAUCUUCGAGCGGGGCGAAAUGGCGUCUCCUUCGCCGUCCGGCAAGGACUUAUCGUCAUUAUGGCACACAUUCGCACCACCGCCGCCUCCAGCGUCACCAGGCCCGGGACAGGAUUCUCGCAGGCGCUCAGUCUCCUACCAAGCCGAACACGGGGCACGAAGCAGACAUGACACUCUCCCUCCCUCGUCCUUUUCCCCCGCCCCGGACAGACCAGUGUCAAGAAACUCCAAUAUGGCUAGAAGCGCGAGUCCUAACGCACUUUCCGCUAGCACAAACAUGGCAAGUAUUCCACUUACUGCUGUAGCGCCGGCUUUUGAUCAAGCAGGCAGACCGUUGUCACAAGACCUCUUGCCGGGGGGCCAGGCACAGAGCCGGACUCUUGCACGAGUACGGCAUGAUUCGGCCCCCAUCAUAGUCAAUGGAUCUACGAAUGGGUCUUUCGCUCCUCGAGCGUAUGUGCAGAAUGGUACGCCCCCUCCACAGGUCCCACAUCAGCCUCUCAAUGCACAACAAGUUGGACCGUCACACGUCCAACGGUCCAAUUCUGCGCAGUCAUACUACACCAACUUUUCACCAGUUGCGUACGGCGUCCCGCAGGCUGUAUACCAACAAGACCUUCCUCUGAGCCAUGCCAUGUCCCCAGUAAGUCCAGGAACAUCUGCGCUUUCUGUUGGCUAUGUGCACCCUCAACAGCCUCAGCAUCAGGGCAUGGUUCACGCGUCGCGACCAGCACAUGGACACCCUAGAGCCUUGCCUCAGCACUUUCAAGCCGACUAUGCACCAUUGCAUUCACCAGCAAAUGCACCAGUCGCUGCUCAAGCGCAAUUUGGUCCUUAUGCAUACCAGCAGGUAGCCUCCGUACCUGCUGGGUAUGUGCCGCCGGAGCAGCAACCAAUACAAUUCGCUGCUACUGCUGGCUCGCCCACGAACAUUCCGGGUUAUCAACAGCCAGCGUAUGCAGCUUAUCCACAAACGGCCAUUCACCAAGUUCCUCAACAUCAAUCUUUUUCGCAACAGCCUUUCCAUUUCGCGAAUCCUGCAGCAGGUCACCCACCUUCCCGCGCCCCCUUCCCCCAGAGUCAGUCUGCGGUCAAGCAACAAGCACUUCCUCCGGCAGUGUUGCCGCAACAAUCCGGUCCAUCGUCAUCACUGCCUCCGAGCAGUCCCGAAAAGUACUCAAUACGACAUCCUGUCGGCGCUAUGGGUCCGCCAGCAGCACUGGCCUCUGCGAUGGAGAGCGCAGGUGCAGGCCCGCGAUCCAAUACUUCCCGUCCUUUGCCGCAGCCUGGACGCUCAUUCUCCCUCAAUCAGGCGAAUCCCAACAGCACAUAUCCAAUCGUCGGCGAAAACGGUCACGCUUCAUCCCCAAGUGUGGCAAGCAGCGUUGGUUCUGUCCGGCGCACACUGCCCCAGCCACCCAUCGGCACGUCUCCUGCCAUUGGGGAUGGUGUUGCAGGCUCGGGUUCGGGCUCGAACCAUGCGACGGCGGUGCCUGCCAACUUAUUAGGGACGCUCAACAGAACGGAAAGCAUGCGUCUUGCGGCAGAAGCGUUGAUGUCCCGUGGCCCUCCGCGCCGGGCCGGCAUCGGCCUUGGAGGUUUGCGAAGUCGAAUGAACUCUCAGGUAGCGGCAGAUCGUUCGCCCACAGCAGCCGAAGCCUCCGCACAGCAAGAAAGUGAGGAGAUUCCUCCUGCUCUGGCCAGCAGUCAGAGCGAUCCGACCACGUGGACCAGCACGCUGCGCGAUACCACCUCACUUGACAGCGUCAUGCAGAAUUUGAGAGAUAUCACGCUUGGAAGUCCGUCAUUGAAGUCUCAGUCACCCACUCGAAAAGACACUUCAGCCCAAGCCGUACCCGCGGACCCGAUGAGGAUAGAAGAAUCCGCAGCUGCGGCGGCGUUCGCGCCUCCGGACAGGCCACGCUCCCGCGGCGCCCAUCAUUCCAUCCGCCAGGUAAAUGAAGAAAGGAAGCAAGCGCAGCCGAGUUUUGCCAAUACACCGGUUUCGCCCCCUGCGCAUCCUGAUGUUGUCGCUGACCGGCCCAAAUCCCCCGGACCGGAGGGGCAGAGCGAGGCAAGGACUCCAUCCCCAGCGCCCGCUCGCUAUGAAACUUUCGCCACGCCUGCUCAACCGGCACCUCCGGCCAUUAUCGAGCCGUCGACGAUCCCCGAAGUGCGUCUGCCGCAACCACCACAAGCGCCGUCGACCAUUUCGGUGGGCCGACCGCAAAUGUUCGAGCCUUCACAGCAGGCACCGCGUGCGCCUCCUACCGUACCAACGAUCUCCUUACCUGGCGAUGAUGAUGUGGCCGACGAUGGGUGCGCACCUGGCAUCGUCAUUUCAGUGUCGGAUGAAGAAGGAACACAUGCUCCUCCAAUCAUAUCGAUCUCUGAAGAUGACGACGGCGCUGCUGGCCCUGCUAUAUCAGUGUCUGGCACCAAGAGUGAAAUUCCCUCUGCUGGCACCCCAGCAGAAGCGCAGCGAGCCACCAGCGGCUUUGCGCACCCGCCCCCCAGCUCUUCGACAGGUCCAGCAUCGGCAUCCUCAGUAGGUUCUGGAGCGACUUGCGGAGGGUGCAGAAAGUGGAUUGGUGGACGUGUGGUCCAAGCCAUGGGUCUCACCUGGCACCCACAGUGCUUCCGCUGCUCGCACUGCGGCCAGCACCUGGAGCACUUUGCCUUUUAUGAGCACGAAGGACGUCCGUACUGCCACGUCGACUACCACGAGCUCUUCUCGCGCAGGUGCUUCCACUGCCGGACGCCGAUCGUCGAUGAGAGAUUCAUAUUGAUCGAUGACGAACAGCUCGGAAAGCGGUACUACCACGACUUGCAUUUCUUCUGCGCCAAUUGCGGAGAUCCGUUUGUGGAUCCAAAAGCCGCUGCCGGUACAGCGGGCGCGGACGAGCAAGCGCUUGUUGCGGACGAGCAGGGUAUUGUCCAGGCGGGAGGUAAGGCAUUUGUCGUCGUCAAAGGCUAUCCAUAUUGCGAAAAGUGCCACGUCAACUUGCACCAUCCUCGCUGUAAAGGGUGCAAGUUGCCCAUCACUGAUGAUCUGAUCACUGCUCUUAAGGGCAAGUGGCACCCGCACUGCUUUGUCUGCGAAUCAUGCAAGCAGCCAUUCGAAGGCGAGCGAUUUUUUGAGAAGGACGGAAAGGCAUGGGACGAGGAAUGCUACAAGGUCAUGUUACGCAACACGCUGUGAAGGAGAAGGAGAACGCAAGCCGCAUUUCGCACAAGUGGUACAGUCUCUGGAAUCCCUUUAAUCGCUCCUCGUCUCGUCUUGCCUUACUGUUAUAUGUAUGCCUCUUGGCACUUUGCACGACACUCGCACUGCAUUAGACGAACUUGAACCUCUAUUGUUCUGCAGUCGGCCAUAGACU